AUGAAUCACGAUCUAGACGGUCUAUUAGAAUUUUUACUUUAUGUUGGUCAAGCUAAACGUACAUUUCGUACGGGUUGGGUGUUACGAGGUGUGGAAAAGGUGGAAAGCGUUGCCGAUCAUAUGUAUCGUAUGGCCGUUAUGAGUCUAUUAUUACCAACCGUUUCAGAAGAAAGUAAAGUGAGAUGUAUGAAACUGGCAUUAGUUCAUGAUCUUAGUGAGAGUGUUGUCGGUGAUUUAACCGAAUUUGAUGGGGUACCAAAAACAGAAAAACGUCGCCGAGAAACAGAAGCUAUGUUAUAUCUAACUAGUUUAUUGCCCGCAGAUGUUGGGCGAGAAAUAUUUUCAUUAUUCAAUGAAUAUGCUGAUCAAAAAACAAAUGAAGCACUUUUAGUGAAAGAUUUAGAUAUAUUCGAUAUGCUAUUACAAGCUUAUGAAUAUGAAAAAUUACAGGAUGAACCAUUGUUUUUACAAGAUUUUUUUAAUAAUUCUGCUCAUAAUGUUAAAACAGAAAAUGUUCAACAUUGGCUUGGACAAUUAAUGGAUUGUAGAAACUCUGGAAAACAAUUUCAAUUACCAUCGGAUUCAAAUUUAAAUACAAUACUUAAACAUAUUUUAUAUGAUGAACAAGGUUAUUUCUUGUAUAAUUUACCUGGAAAUGAUUUACGAAGUAAAGCUGAUCGUAUUGCUGAUCAACGUAAACAACAACAAAAAGAGAAUUCAAGUGUUGAUACAACCGAAUUGUUAUCAAAUCUUGUUAAAGGUAUGCAAGCACAUGAAAUUAAUUGUGCAUCCACUAAUGAUACAACAACUGCAACGACUACCGAUUCGACAACUACAACAUCACAACAAAGACGAAAUAGUAGAAGAAAUUCUGAUGAACGAAAAAAAUUCAUACAUCAUAGAUAG